UGAAUGAGAAUAAUGAUGUUGAUUUAUUGGUAAAUAAGGAAAAAAAGUACCUCAAUUCUUUUAACAGAAAAAACAUGAUUCUGUCUGUUUUCUUCGAUUGAUUAUACUAUAUCGUAGCAACGAAGCAUCGAAGAGAGAUCCUAUCUUUACCUCUCUUUAUAUAAAAAAGGGAAUUCCCACAAAGCUUCCCCAUUCCUCUCUAACCUUUUCUCUACUAUCAAAUUAAUAAUCCUAUAGAAAAUUCCCCGCAGGCAAAGCGGGAUUCAAGAAACUAAGCUCAGAAGGGAAAUUGAGAGAAAGAGAUAUGGAUUCAAUCAAGUCAUUCAAGGGCUAUGGUAAAGUUAAUGAGAUCGAAGAACAAGCUUUCAAGCGAAAGACUCGAAGGCGUCUCAUCAUCCUUAUCGUCUCCAUUGUCGUGCUAUUAGCAGUUGUCAUUGGCGCAGUUGCUGGGAUUUUGAUACACAAGAGAAGCAUCUCGUCUCCCAACACUGUACCCCCAACUGAGUUGACUCCGGCCGCUUCUCUCAAAGCGGUUUGCAGUGUGACUCAGUACCCAACUUCCUGUUUCUCCAGCAUAUCUUCCAUUGCAUCCUCAAAUACAACUGACCCAGAACUCCUCUUCAAGCUGUCUUUGAGAGUAGCCAUCGACGAGCUCUCCAGGUUGUCUCAAUAUCCCAACAAGCUAAAAGCUGAAACCAAUGAUACCCAAGUGAGAUCUGCUUUAGAAGUAUGUGGAAGUAUGUUUGAGGACGCGUUGGACCGACUGAAUGAUUCAGCAACUUCCUUGGAAGUUGGAGAAGGAGAGAAACUGUUGUCAGAUUCCAAGAUCGAUGACUUGAAGACUUGGCUAAGUACAACCAUAACUGACCAAGAAACAUGUUUAGACGCCCUGGAGGAGUUGAAUGCUACAAAGCAAUUCAACGCCACACUACUUGAAGAAGUGAAAGCUGCCAUGCAAAAUGCAAGUGAAUAUGCCAGCAACAGUUUGGCUAUUGUUGCCAAAAUCUUGGGUUUGUUGACUGAUUUCAAUAUUCCGAUUCAUAGGAGGUUGCUUGGGUUUCAAAAGGCAGGUUCAGAGUUUCCAGCUUGGGUUAGUCCCACUGAAAGAAGGCUGUUGCAGGACUCCAAGCCUACCCCAAAUGUUAUUGUGGCUAAAGAUAAUUCCGGGGAUGUCUUUACGAUUAACGAUGCAGUGAAAUUGGUGGGAAAGAAGAAUGAAUCGAGAUUCGUGAUAUAUGUGAAGGAAGGAGAGUAUGUUGAGAAUGUGAUUCUGGAUAAAAACAAGUGGAAUGUGAUGAUUUACGGUGAUGGCAAAACUAAGACUAUAAUUUCCGGUAGCCUGAAUUUUAUUGACGGAACUCCCACAUUUGCUACAGCUACUUUCGCUGUGGCAGGGAAGGGAUUCAUUGCAAAGGACAUAGGGUUCGUCAACUCAGCAGGUGCAGCAAAGCACCAAGCAGUGGCUAUGCGGUCUGGUUCGGAUCGCUCAGUAUUCUACCGCUGCGCAUUUGAUGCCUACCAGGACACUCUCUAUGCUCAUUCCAAUCGUCAGUUUUACCGAGAAUGUGACAUUUUGGGCACAAUUGACUUCAUAUUUGGGAAUGCAGUGGUUGUUUUCCAAAACUGCAACAUCCAGCCAAGGCAACCUUUGCCUAACCAGUUCAAUACCAUCACAGCUCAAGGAAAAAAAGACCCUAACCAAAACACCGGCAUUUCUAUUCAGAAAUGUUCACUAACAGCAUUUGGCAACCUUACUGCUACAACUUUCCUUGGCAGGCCCUGGAAAGAAUUCUCCACUACUGUUAUUAUGCAGUCAAACAUUGGGGUAUUCUUGGACCCAGCGGGAUGGAAAGAAUGGGUUGCCAACGUUGACCCACCUAGCACAAUUUUCUAUGCAGAAUAUCAAAACAGUGGACCUGGAUCAAGUGUGGAUAAAAGGGUAAAAUGGGCUGGUUACAGGCCCACUCUCUCAGACGUUGAUGCUGUUAAGUUCACAGUGGGAACGUUCAUACAAGGUCAAGAUUGGCUGCCUGAUGCAACUGUCUCGUAUGAACCAGCUUUAUGAUCUGAUAAUGGACUCAAAGAUAGGGUUGAGGCAAGGUCAAAGAUCAAGAUUUCAGAUGAUGGUUUUUUCUUCUUUUUUUUUUUUACAUUAAAUUUUGUUUGUAGAACCAUAUAUAUAUAACUCGAAUGUAUUACAAUCCAUGGCUACGCUCUCUCUAUUCUUUAACAAUCUUUUGUAACCCAAAAAAUAUAAAACAAGAAAGUUACAUGUUGAGGAGGACCAUUAAAUAUCAAUAUGACAAAUGAACCAAAAAGAUUGAACAAAGCAUCUUAGCAUAA